AUGAGCUACAGGGGAAAGAAGCUCGAGGCCUUUACACCGCAGGCGCCGCGAAAAAACCCGAAAGAGAGCUCGCUCCGGCUGAGAGUCAUCUUUUUAGAUGAUAGCGAGCACAUUUUUGAAAUGGAGCAAAAGGUACUGGGAAACGACUUCUUCAAUGCGGUGUGUGGACACCUGAAACUUUUAGAAAAGGAAUACUUUGGGCUCGAAUUCCGGCAUCGCUGUGGCAGUUAUGUUUGGUUGGAACUGCUGAAGCCUCUGGUGAAACAGGUAAAAAACACCAAUGAUUUGAUCUUCCGUUUUAUUGUCAAGUUCUUUCCCCCUGAUCCAGGGCAGCUGCAAAAGGAACUGACCAGGUACCUGUUUGCUCUGCAGAUCAAGCAGGAUCUGUCCAAUGGCAGUCUGACGUGUAACGACAACAGCGCAGCCCUGUUGGUUUCCCAUCUGCUUCAGGCGGAGAUCGGGGACUAUGUCGAGGAGCUGGACAUGCAGCACCUGGAGAGCAAGAAGUACGUGCCCAAUCAGGAGUGCCUUCUCAGGAAGAUCCUACGCUUUCACAAACGACACAGGGGUCAGACUCCAGCAGAGGCCGACGCCCAGCUCCUGGAAGUGGCGCGUAAGCUGGAGAUGUACGGUAUUCGUCCUCAGGUGGCCAGUGACGGGGAAGGCAUGACGAUUAACCUGGCUGUCACUCACUCUGGGGUCCACGUCUUUCAGGGGAAUACCAAAAUAAACACUUUCAGCUGGGCCAACAUCCGUAAACUCAGUUUUAAGAGAAAACAUUUUUUGAUAAAGCUCCAUGCAAAAAUUGUGCCCUCUCGUAAGGACACAGUAGAGUUCACGAUGGCCAGCCGUGACGUGUGUAAAGCGUUCUGGAAGAUGUGUGUGGAGUAUCACGCUUUCUUUCGCCUCUCGGAGGAACCCAAGUCUCGGCACAAGUCUCUCCUCUACAGCAAGGGUUCCUGCUUCAGAUACAGCGGCCGAACCCAGAGGCAACUGCUGGACUGUGUUAAAAGAAGUGAGAGGAAGAACUUGCCCUUUGAAAGGAGGUACUGUAAGGAGUAUUACGACACGCGGCAGUGCAGGUCCUCCCCAGACCUCCUCACAGAUGUCUCUAAGCAGGUAUACGAGCAGUCCUGCGGUUUUCCUCGGACAGACUGCGCUCAGGGCGGGAUGCGCAGUCGCUCUGCGGUGGAGGUUCUCCAGAUGGAGCCUUCCCAGUCCACGGCGCCCCUACCUUCCGCUUUCGCCCAGUCCCGCUCGUCCUCUUUCUCUGGGGCGGAACCGGGAACCUCCGCGGCUCACCUGGGCCCCGGGCCGGCGGCGCGCUGGUUCCGCGGGGACGACUGGACGGCGCGGUGCUGCGGGUGGAGUCGCGGGGACGGCGGAGGCCUGCAGAGAGGACGCCUGGUGGCCAACGUGCCACCGCUGGUCCUGCUCUACCCGAACCCCCAUCACCACCCCCACGGCUGCAUGGGUCUCCACCCACUGCUCCCCUUCUACCCCAUCACCUGCGCCUCCCCGCUGCUCCUUCCCCGGUGCCCCCACCAGCCGCCACUGCACGCCUGCUUCCUCGACGACGCCAUCCGCUCGUCCAGUUUCUCCGGCCCCUCGGCCGACGUGUCCCCGCUGCGGCGGCGACAGCGUUACGGGGGGCUGGCGUUGGGCUACCCGUCGGGGCUCUACGUGGGUACGCUGGCCGGCUGCGGCCGACUGGAUCACAGCAGAGAGGAACUGGGCCACUUCAGCGACGACUCCAGUUACCAGUCGGCGCUGCCCCGCCGGUCCCUGAGCCAGUCCGACAUGAAGCUGCUGCGACCGCUGCCGGCCGCCGCCCCCGCCGCCGAAUUUCGCCCGCUCGGGCAUUACCCGCACCUGUCUCGACGCCAGGCCCCGCCCAGGCCCACCCACCUGCCGCUACGCUCCGCCUCCUCACCCCCGCUGCCCGAGCGGCCGUCCUCCGUUUGCGUGUCCGGCGGCGGCGGUGGCUGCAGGGGGGAGACGAGCCACAGCGAUUCGGACUCAGACACGUUCUGUCCGUUUUACUGCCCCGGGAUGGACAGGCUGGUCCGGCCGGGACCGCUGGCGAGGAUGCGGAUCUCCUCGGGAAGUUUGCAGCUGGACGAGGAAGAGGAGGACUCUUUAAAUCCGGCUGAAAAAGAGGGCGACUCCACGACUGACAAAGGCAAGCCCUGA